UCCACCUGAACCAUCCAGGUUAAAAGAUCCAUAAGCUGUGCAAUACAUCUGCAUUAUCUGCAUUAGACACGAAAAUACAAUGGUCAUGGAGCAACCUUCACCGAAGAAAGAGUGCACUGAUGUAAUACCUCAAAAUGAUGACCAAACUGACAUUACAGAAAAGGAUGAGAACACUAACAUCAUUUCACAAAGCAAUGAUAAAAGUAACAGUGUUCCCGAAAACAUUAAAAAUGAUUGUAAUGAAAAUGAUAGAUUGAUAGUUUCCAAAAAUGAGGAAGACAUUGACUGUAUAUCUAAAAAUGAUCAAAAUGAAAAGGAUGGACGGAAUGUUUCCAAAUAUGAGGAAGACAAUGACUGUAUAUCCAAAAAUGAUCAGAAUGAAAAGGAUGGAUGGAAUGUUUCCAAAUAUGAGGAAGACAAUGACUGUAUAUCCAAAAAUGAUCAAAAGAACUGUGAAGAUGGAUUGAGUUUUUCUCUAAAAGAUGGGGAUGGUGACUGCCACAUUUCUGAAAAUGAUCAAAAUAGUGACAAUAUUAAUGGAUAUAUUUCCCAAAGUGAUGAGGAAAAUGACAGUGCUUCAGGAAAUGAUAAAUGUAAUACUGACCUUCUCAAAAGUAAUAAUCCAGGUAUCUCUGAAGGUAAACAAAUUGUUGUAUCACUCUGCCCAAUGGAGAUACAAAAAUGGAGGAGAUAUCACAGGAUAUCCUCAACAGGGAAUGACACUAACAUUGCCACAUUUUCGUGUCCUGUAUUUAAGUGCAAGAACAUACAUAAUCCAAAGGAAAGAUGCUUGAAUUGUAAAACACAUUUUACAAAGAGAUCUUCAAUGUCAUUUAAUUCGAGGCUUCCAACUUGUACUAAAGGAGACAAGCAAACACAGUCCAACAUGCUGUCCUAUAGAGGGGACAACAGGUUUAAAUGUGAACCUUACUCAAGCAAAUUUAAAACAUUUGAAUCUUUAAAGACCCAUAAGCAACAAGUGAAACAUGGUAAACUUAAAUGUGAAAUAUGUUUUAAAGUGUUUGACAAGAAAUUUGAUUACACGGUUCACAUGCGUGUCCACACUGGGGACAAAUGGAACGAGAGGGAGAAACCAUUCAACUGUAAUAUUUGUUCAAAAGGAUUCAGUACAAAGUUUUAUCUUGUUUUACACAUGAAAUCUCACACUGGACAACAAAGUAGUUUUAAGUGUGACAUUUGUAUGAGAGAAUGCUGUACAAACUCGAGACUUCUCAACCAUAUGCGGAUCCACACGGGAGCAAGACCUUUUCAAUGUAAAAUAUGUUUUGCUGGAUUCGCACAAAAAUAUAAUCUUAACGAUCAUAUGAAUACCCACUUAAGGGAAAAGACAUGCAAAUGUGAAAUAUGCUUAAAAACAUUCACAACAAAAAGGCUUUUGAAAACUCACUUACUCACACACAGUGACGAAAGACCAUUCAAAUGUGACAUGUGCAGUAAAGCAUUUAAACUCAAUGCAAAACUCCAGCGUCACAAAAUGGUUCACACAGGAGAAAAACCGUUCAAAUGCCAAAUCUGUUCAAAACGUUAUACUGUGAAAGCAUAUUUGAUAAAUCAUUCUAAGAUUCACACUGGAGAGACCAGAGAAUAUUUCAAUUGUGCCACAUGUUCCAAGUCUUUUACUGAAAAAAGCAACUUGAAGAGGCAUAUCAGACUCCACACUGGAGAAAAACACCAUGAAUGCGAAAUCUGCCCCAAGAAGUUCAAUAGCAAAACAGACUUGAUUCAACAUGAAAACUCUCACAAAGGUAUCAAACCCUACAAAUGCAAUUUGUGCCCCAAGGCGUAUUCACACACUGGAUCUCUUAGUCAACACAAACUAACCCAUGCUCCAGCUAUACAAUGUGACAUCUGCAACGAGACAUUUCCAUCAAGGUUUACAUUCAAUGGACACAUGAAGCGUAUUCACAAUCGAUAAGAAUAUUUAUCACUACUACCUUGGUUAUAUCGCUUAGGGAAUUAAUCUGUUUAGAUUAAAUUAUUCAGGAACUGUUUAUUCAGCUCAGCAGUCUUGAACUAGGUCUCAAUUACCUUUGUAUUUAAACACUUCAGGAACAGUUCAUGAACUAAAGCAAGGGGAACUUGAACCACAAAAGGAAGAUAGGUUGGAACAUUAUGUCCUUAUUAAGUCAGAUGUCAAAAAUCAGGAAUUUCAUGUGUGGCAAUUUUGCUUGCCAAGAAUGGUUAAUUUACAACAUCAGAAUGGAGCAACGGCAUAUUUUUACAAUAUUAAUGAUCUGGAUUAUUAGGGAGUUUACGGUUUCAUUAUUUCCACUGUUGGAUAUCAAUCUAAAGUUUUACCUUAUGUUUUUAAUUUCAAGAUAGAUCCUCAUUUUUCGGGUUAAAGUCAUGAGAAUAAGUUUUUCUAAGAAAUAUCAAUAAAACCUGAUUAUUUUACAUUUCAUCCUAAGAAAAUUACCUGCACCAUGCACAUGAUGUAACAGGUAAAUCAUUUGCAUGUAACACUCGAUUCUGUUUAACUGCAAGCUAAGAGUUAACAAACAUGCAAAAUCUCUCCACCUGCCAUUUGUUACAGUGGCCAAAUGUGGCUAUGUAGUAUGUUACCACUUCUGGUAGUGACAUAAUAAAAAGUAGAAAGUCCUUGAUUAGAAUGGUAUCCCUUUCAUGGGCAUAAAAUAUAGAUGUCCCUACCUGUUCUCAACCAUAAGAUGUGCCCAUAUGCCUCCCCGUCUAGGUAGGUCUGUGGGGGGCCGGCCAACAUAUUGAGGGCAGGUGUCUGGCAGGGGAGUGGUUGGCGGACGUGUUGGAGCAGGUGUGGUAACAUUAUACAUCUCUGAAAAUAUAUUGUUGAAUAAGAUAGUUCCAUAAGUUCAGAAAUUUCAAUGGAUUCCUCAUUGGAGUCCAAAUUUUUUCAGGGACACAUAACUCACUCCAUACAUGUACAAGUUAAGUUAAACAUUGAUUUAUAUUCCAGAUACAUAAAGCAGAAAAUUUAGUGACCUAUAUUUUUGGUACUUUUAAAAAGUAGGUCACUAGCUGAACGAAUGCAGGUGGUGUGAAAAAUAGCUGAACUAUCUUGUAUAAUGUACCUAUAUCAUAUCAUGUUUGAAUAAAUAAAUAUUUGAAAC